UUAACAAAUGUCACGUCUUCCCCUCUCUCUAUCUCUUUCUAAACAUCAAACCCUACAGACAGCAAAGAAAGAAUCUCCCAAGCAAUAAGAGUUAUCAUCAAAGAGGAGUUGAACAAAAGACUGAUUUGCGCUUAGCACUUCUCUCCACUUCUACAAACCCAUUACACACACGAACUCAUACAGAGUCUUAUCUACAAUGGCAGCUGAUGAAAACUUAAGAUCUCUCUCUCUGGACUGUCUCAAUCUCCUAAUCAACGGUCAAGCUUUCAGUGACGUAACCUUCAGUGUAGAGGGCCGUUUAGUCCAUGCCCACAGGUGCAUUCUAGCAGCCAGGAGUCUCUUCUUUAGGAAAUUCUUUUGCACAGCGCCGCCAUCAUCCCCGCGAGGUUCCAACUCUCCGGCGAUCAUAACGGUGGAUUCAGUGAGCUAUGAAGCGUUUCUUUUGAUGCUUCAGUUCUUGUACAGUGGUCAAGUUUCGGUUAUACCUCACAAGCAUGAGGCAAGGCCUAAUUGUGGGGAGAGAGGCUGUUGGCAUACACAUUGUACCUCAGCCGUUGAUCUUGCCCUUGAUACACUUGCAGCCGCUAGAUCUUUUGGGGUGGAGCAGCUUGCUUUACAAACUCAGUCUAUUACAAGAAUCUUCCCAUGGACAUGUCAUAAUUGGUCAAGUUCACAUUUCACGACCUUGGAUGGAUUACAGGGAUUCAAAGCAUUCACGAGUAUGGAGAAGAGGUGUAAAAAUGAGACUCCUUAAGAUUAUUUAACCUAAUCUAUACACGUGCCUGUGCAAAAGGGACCUUGUUACAUGUUUACGAUAAUGCUGACAUGAUACUAUCAUUUAUCAGUUUAAAAUUCAAUCAAUUUUUUCAUUCAAUCUUUUUCCUCCACCUAAUUUUAGGUAAUCACUUAUGUACAAGCAGCAAAAUCGAUGCAAACAAGGUUAAAAGGCGGUAGAUUUUAAGGAGUUUUUUUUUGCUAGUACAAAGACCUGGAUUAACGGGUUUAUUUGAGACCUCUCUGAUUAUUAUUCUAGCAGUAUUUUUCAACUUAUCAUUAAAUAAUGAAAUCUAGUACUUUCUACAUUGUUUAACUGGUUUUCUUCUGUUCAUUUCCUGUGCAGAACCAGCCUUCCAGCAUAUUUUUAGCUUAUGUAAAAGUGAAGUUUUUCUAUCGUCCUUUUUACCAUAAUUUGUGUUUUCUAGAUUGUGUCAUCACUUGACAAGUUUUCAUGUGACAAAUUCAUAGUUCUCGUCUUCAGUUUAUUUGGUGUCAAUUUCUCCCAAAUUAGUUAGGGUUUGUUUGAGCCCUAUUUUUGUCACCCCAU